AGCAACGGCAACGUGCUACCAACCGGAUCCUGGGGCUUGGGUGUUCUUCUCCCUGGAGUGAGUCUCGACGGCCUCCCGCCACCGACACAGCUCCGCCCCCGGUCGGCACGUGCGGUUGCCACUUCGCUUUCAUCCCCACUCCCCCCCUUACCUCACACCCUUCGCCAAUUUCAUCCCCCCCUUCUCCUACCACCACCAGAUCUCCCCUCCCACCAGCUACCGCAUUCCGCAAGAUCCAGAUCACCAGCGAGGAGGGGAUCCCUCAACAAGUACCCGAGAUCCAGACCGAUCCGAGCUCGUCGGAUCGCCGCCGGAGCAGGAGAAGAUGAAGCGGAAGACGCGGAACAAGAUCGUGGUGACGGUGCUGCUGGUGGGGGCGGCGGCGGUGCUGGUGGGCGGCACGCUGGCGCUGAUCCUGACGGCGGGGACGUGGAAGAUGAAGGUGAAGGAGGCGCACGAGAAGGUGUGCAGCAAAGGGUGGGAGUGCUCCAACAGCAAGUACUGCUGCAACCAAACCAUCAGCGACUUCUUCAAGGUGUACCAGUUCGAGAACCUCUUCGCCAAGCGCAACACCCCCAUCGCCAAGGCCGUCGGCUUCUGGGACUACCAGUCCUUCAUCACCGCCUCCAUCCCCUUCCAGCCCCAGGGCUUCUGCACCACCGGCGGCAAGGACAUGCAGAUGAUGGAGCUCUGCGCCUUCCUCGGCCACGUCGGCGCCAAGACAUCAUGUGGAUUUGGUGUGGCGACCGGCGGUCCGACGGCGUGGGGGCUCUGCUACAACCGCGAGAUGAGCCCUGAGGGGAUCUACUGCGACGAUACCUACACACAGUACCCCUGCGUCAAGGGUGCUGAGUACUAUGGCCGCGGCGCCAUCACCGUCUACUGGAAUUACAACUAUGGCGCUGCGGGCGAUGGCAUCAAGGAGGAUCUGCUCCAUCACCCAGAGUACCUAGAGCAGAACGCGACGCUGGCGUUCCAGGCGGCAAUGUGGCGGUGGAUGACGCCGAUCAAGAAGAACCAGCCAUCGGCGCACGACGCGUUCGUUGGUAACUGGAAGCCCACCAAGAACGACACGCUCAGCAAGAGGCUCCCAGGCUUCGGCGCCACCAUGAACCUCCUCUAUGGCGAGUCCAUUUGUGGUAGGGGAUUCAUCGAUGAAAUGAACGUCAUCAUCUCGCAUUACCAGUACUACCUCGACCUCAUGGGUUUCGGCCGGGAGAGGUCUGGCUUGAACCUCGACUGCGCCGAGCAGGCCCCUUUCAACCCCACCACCAAGAAGGCCGAUGACCAGCAGCCAUCAGGCUAGCAGGGAUCAGUACCAUGGAGUCCCAUUACAUCCGGUGUCGUAUACACAUCUUGCCUUGCCUUGGCUUGCCGUUGCUCCCCGAGCUAUACUGCGUUUGCCUACUCUUCAGUGUGUGAGCUUUGGUGCCAUUUUGAGUAGUUGACCUCAGGACUGUGUAUGUGCUGUCUAUGGGGAUUGGGAAAUUGUAGCCUUGGUAUGUACCAUAGUGUUUCAUUUGUUUGAUUUUGGUGCAACACGUGUUUAAAGAUGAUAAUUCAAACCGAACAUACCACAACUUUGCUUAACUUUCCGUAUAUCUUCUACUGAAACGUGAUUCAAAUGUCUGGCAAUAAAGUUAUCUUUAGUUCUC